CAAAGAUCAUGCAAACGACCAAGAACAAUGUCCAAUCGACCUUCGACAUCUUUCUUUGACGAAGAACCAUCAUCCUCAUCCCGACACCCCAUUAUCAAUACUGAUGAAUCAGCUAUUACCGAUGAGGCUCUGGGUUUAACGGAUGAACCAGCUGAAGACUCUAUCAUUCCUCCUGAAAGCUUGACCGAAGAAUUGAUUCGACACUGGUCAAACGAGAGACUUGCACCCGAGGUCUUGAUGCACCAGGAGCCUUUUUUGGAGACAGUUUUAGACCGCAUAAAACAACAGUCUGAAGCAUUAGAAGUCUUGUUGGCGUCUCCGGAUGGACUCUCGAGUGACGAACAUUUCAGACUUACACUGAUCGAGACUGAGAUCGAACAGAUGAGAUAUGUGUGUAAAGCUUACGCUCGGUGUCGAAUGUUCAAGCUGGAUAAAUACUUCGACUAUUAUCUCUCAGACCCCGAUGCGCGAGCGAAGUUGAGCCAAGUGGAUAUUGAGUACUGCACAAGAGAGCAGACACUAGUCCAUAAUUUGCUUUUCAGCUCAGUUCUCGAAGGAUUACCUGCCAAAUAUCGCGCAAUGGAAGAGCACAUGAUUGUCAAACCUGACCUGGACAAUGCAGUCUUCGUCAUUGCUCGAAGGACAUGUGGCCCGGUUCAACUUGCCACUUCCGAAAGGCUAAUGUUAGCCCAAAACUCAAGACACUUUGUCCGGUAUCGAACAAUCAAGAGCUUACUAGAAAAUGGAGAUGUACGAUUGAUUUGAGUCCAACAUCUUUGCCUCGGCGCAUUUUCGAAGAAGUCAAGAAAUGACUAGUGCAUGAAUGUUGCUGCCUAGGAUGAUGUCAAUCAUAGGGACGAGGUAGAUGAUAAGCUUGAUUCAACAGAACAUCAUCUAGCAACUCGACUCUCUUACAAACAAGUCCGGGGUUGUAUGUAGCGUGUUGCGGUGCUAGAUGCAUGUCCAUCUCAGGGUCUCUAUGGCGGCAGCUGAAAAUUGGACAGCUCAAUAAAGAUCCAGCAGAGUGCCAUAAUGCGAAAAAGGAUUGCGAGGGCGCUUACAUACAUGUAUCACUGAAGUUGAAUCAAAAAUCCACUUGUUUCUUCAGAGCUCUCGUGCCU